AUGCCUUCGGCCCGCAGUGUCAUACGCAAGCUGCGGAUACCGGAGGGGGAGCAGGAAUCUACUCCAUGGGUGAAUGAGGACUUGAAGCCUGUUCCACCAGAGCGCCAAACAUGGGGAUGGCUUCAAUUCUUUGAGCUCUGGUUCCUGGUCAACGUCAACAUCAGCACCUACCAGACUGGAGCUUCACUUCUUGCUGUCGGCCUCAACUGGUGGCAGGCCAUCAUUGUUAUUGUGGCUGGUUCUAUUGUGACAGGCAUCUUUACCGCCCUGAAUUCCAUCUCGGGAGCCAUCAGUCAUCUCGGAUAUGCCGUCAUCAGUCGUUCAGUUUGGGGUGUUUAUGGUGCCUACUUUCCCGUCCUGAACCGAAUCCUCCUCUCCCUUGUCUGGUAUGGCGUUCAGGCCGUCAUUGGUGGCAAGAUGGUCUUUGUCUGCCUCCGUUCCAUCUGGCCAACCCUCGACCGACGUAUCCCAAACGCGCUCCCCGAGAAUAUAGGCAUCACCAGCGCAGAGUUUGUGGGAUACUUUAUCUUCAACAUCAUCUGCUGUGUCUUUAUUUGGUUCAAGCCACACCAGCUCCGUCUUUACUUUCAUGCUGGCGCCGGUUUGUCAUUGGUUGCCUUUGUUGCUCUCUUGGGCUGGGCUCUUGGCACAAAAGGACCUGGAGAGAGCCUUGAUGAUGCCUUUGACGAUAGCGUCGUCCUCAAGGGCUCAGCCCUUGGCUGGGCUAUCUGCAGUGGCAUGAUGAGUGUUCUCGGUGCAGCUGCAGCGGGUGUUCUCAAUCAGAACGACUAUACGAGAUUCGCCCAGAGGCCAAGCCAGGUUGUAUCAAGCCAGUUCACCUCUUUUGUUCUCACGACUACCUUUACCGGAAUCUGCGGCAUCUUAGUGACCGCUGCUACUCAAAAGCGAUAUGGCAAUGGGGCUCCCCUCUGGGAUCCCUACCAGCUACUUGUCGCCAUGCAGGACUCGAAUUCAAACAAGUCAAGCGAGAGUGGUACUCGAGCAGCUACUUUCUUCCUCGCCUUUGCCUUUAUUGUGGCUCAGCUCUCCAUCUGUGUGCCUGGAAAUGUCCUCGCAGGCGGAUUGGACGUUGCCAGUCUACUGCCCAAGUACAUCAAUCUUAGACGCGGCGCAUACAUCUUGGCAGCCUUGAGUGUCCUUCCCAACCCAUGGCAACAGCUUGCAAGUGGUUCCACGUUCCUGGCAGUUUUGAGUGCCUAUGCCGUCUUUAUUGGGCCUCUAAUUGGUAUACUAUGUGUGAACUACUACAUCAUUCAGAAGCGGAGGUUUCAUAUGCCCGAUCUCUUCGAAGGGUCCAGUAGGUCUCUGUACUGGUACAACCGAGGCAUAAACUGGAGGACUGUUGCGGCUUGGCUCAUCGGCACGGCCCCCAGUCUCCCUGGAUUUGCCGCCUCGGUAAACCCUUCUAUCUCGGUCUCGCAAGGGGCCACCAACUUCUACAAUCUCACAUUCAUCUUUGGCUUUUGCAUUUCUGCAUUUGUAGCCUUCGUUCUUGACUGGUUCUUCCCCGUUGACUUUACUAGUACCACUAUGCUUGAAGUAGAGACUAGUGGGGAAAUUGUCGAGGGGUUGCCGUCGCCGCGCGAUACAGAGGAUCAGCACGUCGUUUUAGCAUCGAAGACCAAGGAAGAGGGUGCUUAA